CACCAACAAUCAUCCAUUAGUUAAUAAUAAUAAUUAAAAGCCUUUGGUAAAAAGCUACCAAGCAGGCAAGCACCAAAGCAAUCGUUUUUGCCCCUCACUAAAUUCGCCCUCUGCAAAUUUUCUCUCUCUACCGAGCUUUUCCCUACACCAUGACCACCUCCUCUGCAUCUACACGCAAGGCUUUGAGCAAGAUCGCAUGCAAUCGGCUGCAGAAAGAGCUUGUGGAGUGGCAGGUGAACCCACCGGCGGGGUUCAAGCACAAAGUCACUGACAAUCUCCAAAGAUGGGUCAUUGAGGUCAACGGUGCCCCGGGGACACUUUACGCAGGGGACACUUACCAGCUUCAGGUUGAUUUUCCCGAGCAUUACCCAAUGGAAGCACCACAGGUUAUAUUCGUUCCGCCAGCUCCUCUGCACCCUCACAUUUAUAGCAAUGGCCAUAUAUGUCUAGAUAUUCUAUACGAUUCUUGGUCCCCAGCAAUGACCGUAAGUUCAAUUUGCAUAAGCAUUCUCUCUAUGCUGUCCAGUUCACCAGUUAAGCAACGACCAGCUGACAACGACCGUUACGUGAAGAACUGUAAGAACGGACGAUCUCCCAAGGAGACGAGAUGGUGGUUCCAUGACGAUAAAGUGUGAUGAUUAAAACUCCUGAGAAAAACUGUGAUAUUGCCUCAAUCUAGGUCCCUUAAAAUUUUCUUCCCUUACUAACAUUUGGGGAAGAAAAGGAAAAAUCGUCUGAAUUCAGAAAAAUAUAAAAAAGAAAAAAAAAAUCUUUAUUUUUACGUGUGUUCUGGAUGCUUCGCAUGGCACAAAACAUUUGGUAGUUGCUAAUGUCUUAAUGUUGAUGUAUUUAUGCAUCUAGUAUCAGUAGUUUGUAUAUUGUCUCAAGCAAAAAUGGUGGAUCUAUGCUCAUAAGUCUUAUAAAUGAGGUAACGCAAAUCAAAAUAGGGCUUGCUUGAAUUUAACUCUAGACUUGUGUAAUGCUGCUGUUCCUUUGUCUGUUUGCUAUGAAGUAAUUCAAUCCAUUGAGCUGGUUUUCUAUGAAGGUAGACGAAGAAGAAAUUUUUAAAACUCAUAUCUAAAGAUUUCUUCCAUUUAGUUUUGUAGAUUGUUUUAACUCAUACUGAGGAGUCUAGGUUUGAUUUGCAGCAUUUUGUAUUUGUAUGAAGCAGUUUUAUCUGAUGGUCUAUUCCUACACGGCAUUAGACUUGUAUUCCUUCUACUUUUAAUCAGAGCCGGUCCUAUUAAUUAUGAGGCCCUGGGCAAAUUUUAAAAAUAAUGCUCCAAGUACUUUUUUUUUUAUGGUCGAACAAAUUUGAAGGGGUCCUUUAAUGUUCGGCGUCAUAUUGGCCGCGAGUGACUCCAAAUUCUUAAUCACCUCGGUGAAGGCGGGGAGACUGCGGCCCAGCGGAAGGCCGAAGGCGCCGACGGUCAACAGUGAUGAACUGAUGUAUGUUAGCCUGUUAGGUCCGGGUGUGGACUUGUGGCAAAAGGCCAGCCGAGCGACGGGGCGAGGUAAACAUAACAAAUUUAAUUAACAAUUUUGCUGAUCAAUUUUUCGCAAAAAUAAAAGAUUCAAUUUUGGAAAUAACAAAAUAAAUUGAUUAAUUUCUUAACUGAUCAAUUUUUCCCAAAGUAAAUAAAAGAUUCAAAAUAUAUAGAUCUCAAAAAUUAUUGGAAGUAACAAAUUAACAAUUUUGCUCGAAGACUGAUGAUUGAUUUGAAGCAAUUGAAGAUGAAAUGUUGAAUACAAUUAUAUAAAAAACAAAGAUUGAAAAGUCUAUUUAUAAUCUAUAAAAUUGAUAAACUUACCGUUUGAAUUUUGGGAUGAGAGUCGAGAAUAAUAUGCUGAAGUGACUGAAUUUGGCCGUUGGGCAUUGGGAAGAGCGAAGACGGAAGAGAUGAAGAUGAUAAGCCUUCUUGUUCGUAGUCUUCACAAAUUUUGG